CGACAGGACUAUCGGUGGUCAUGGGCCGCAGAGGCUGCCGAGGGGCUGCCGGGCCCGCGUUCAGCUGGCGGACCUCGCCGGCACGCUGAGGUGAAGACUCAGAGACCUGACCUCAGGAAGACGCCGCCCGGCCACCAACAGCACCAUGCAGCGACUGCGCAUCCCAUUCACGCGCUCCAAGACGCCCAGCGGGACCGAGCUGAAGGCGCAGAGCAGCCUCGAGGUGCCCAAACAGAUCCGGUCAGCCAGCUUUGAUGAAAUGCAGCUCAGCAAAUCCCCGGGAGCGGGCGGAGGGGCCGCUGACGGAGGAGGUCAGCUCGGAGGGGUCGGAGGCUGCGGCGGCGUCACCGGUGGCGGGGUCGGAGGGACCAAGGUCACAUCAUUCCUGCGCGUGCCACAGUCGGCCAAGAAGAGUAAGAGCCUGGACGAGUGUGACGAAACGUCGAGCGUGCGGACCCGGCGGCGGCGGUAUCUGUUCUCGGAGCGCGGCGGGCGGGACACGCCGCACGCCUGCUGGCACUGCGUCUGCAUGGAGGAGCUGGGCCGCAGGGGCACCCGGGAUGACUCGUCGCAGGAGAGCGGCGGCACCGGCAGCCCGCCACCGGAGCCGCCGCGCGGCGUCUGUCCCAUCCGCGUCACGCUCAGCCGCAACUCGACCUCCUCGUCGCUGGACCUGCGCCACUCGUCCUGUUCGUCGGUCAGCGGGUCGUCUCUGUCGCCGGCCCCGUCCCCGCAGCCGCCGGCCCGCAUCUGCCGCUCGCCGUCUCCGAAACUGGAGCGUCAGGCGGCGCUGCAGCGCGCCGAUCUCGAUCCGGAUGAAGAGGAUGACGAUGAUGACUGGGACGCGUCGCGGCAGAGCUCGAUACCGUCGGCGGGCUCGGGGAGGUCGGCCGGCUCGACCUACUCGCGCCAGUCGUCUGUGCUGUCCUGCCGCUCGUGGAACAGCUCCAUCUACUCGUCAUUCUCUCGGCAGAGCUCGGGCUACUCUGACGACGUGCCGGUGCACGCGCACCACUACCUGCCGCGCCAGACAUCCAUGAACGUGUCAUCCGCUCCGGCCAGUCGACAGGCCUCGCUGGUGACCCACCCGCCGACCCGACAGACCUCUCUGGCGGCCCGCUCGGCGCCGCCCAGCCGCCAGAGCUCGCGCCAGAUCUCACUGGGCACCACGGCGUCGCAGCUGUCGCGCGACUCUGCGGCCGACUCUGCCGACCGGUCGUGGUUUCUCGGCUCGAGCAGCGACAUCGGCGAGUACACGGAGAUCUGGCUAGAGGUGCCCGAGAUGGCUGACCGGCCGUCGGCGGGCCCGAUCCGGCGCUGCGCCUCCGCCGAGCCCUCCCUGUCUCCGCGGCACACGCAGAGCCUCGAGUCCGGCAUGCUGCUGGAGGUGAACGACUGGCCGCCCGUGCGCUCCACCUCGGUCGACAUCGGGUUCCCCACCGAGGAACAGUGCACCUACACUGCCUACCUGCCCUUUCGGAGACGGAGCAGGAAGGCGGCGACGGGCGAGAUCGAGAUCGAGGCGGAGGGCGGUCGGCGCACCCUGCGCAGUACCUGCGACUGGUCAGAGGCGGCGGUCAACGGCGAACACCUCUGGAUGCCCACCUCUGCGUCCGGCGACUUCUGCUACGUGCCCGACCCCGACUGUUCGAAAACGGGCUCGCGGAUGAAGUGCACUGCGUGUAAGAUCAUCUGCCACACGGGCUGCAUCGCCAACCUGAUCGACAAGGUCAAGUUCGCCUGCAAGCCCACCUUUCGGGAUGUCGGGAUCAGGCAGUACCGGGACAACACAGCCACUGCCCAUCACUGGGUUCACCGCCGGAAUCAGAAGGGAAAAUGCAAACAUUGUGCAAAGAGUUUUAUGUCGAAACUGUCGUUUUCUACCAAAGACAUUGUGGCAAUAAGUUGUUCGUGGUGUCGAACCACCUAUCACAACAAGGAGCCGUGCUUCAGCAUGCAGAGGAUAGAGGAGCAGUGUAGCCUAGGAAUUCACAAAGACAUCAUCGUGCCGCCGUCGUGGAUCGUGAAGCUGCCGCGCAGGGGCAGCUUCAAGUCCAGCCUGCGGAAAUCGCCCAAGAAACGGUCGUCCAGCCGGCGAAAAAGUCGAGACUGGAUCGACAAAGAUCAGACGCGCGCCUUCGCCAUCAAGCCGAUCCCCACGGCCAACGUGAAGCCCAUCAUCGUGUUCCUGAACCCGAAGAGCGGCGGCAACCAGGGCGCCAAGCUGAUGCAGAAGUUCCAGUGGCUGCUGAACCCGCGACAGGUGUUCGAUCUCACACAGGGAGGACCCCGAGAAGGGCUGGAGAUGUACCGCAAGGUGCCGAAUCUGCGCGUGCUGGCCUGCGGUGGCGACGGCACCGUCGGGUGGGUGCUCUCUGUGCUCGACCAGAUGGGCUUCAGUCCUCCGCCGGCCAUCGCCGUCCUGCCGCUGGGCACCGGCAACGACCUGGCCAGGGCGCUCGGCUGGGGAGGCGGCUACACAGACGAGCCUAUCUCCAAGAUCCUGUGUAACAUCUCUGAGGGCGAGGAGCAGGACCUCGACCGGUGGGAGGCGAUCGUCACCAAAAACGAGGACGCCGAGCCCAGUGAGGAGGGCAAGGACAACCUGCCGCUCAACGUCAUCAACAACUACUUCUCACUCGGCGUCGACGCCCACAUCGCCCUCGAGUUCCACGAGGCCAGAGAGGCGCGACCGGACAAGUUCAGCUCGCGGCUACGGAACAAGAUGUUCUACGGCCAGGCGGGCGGCAAGGACCUGCUGCAGCGCCGGUGGAAGGACCUGUCGGAGCACGUGACGAUCGUCUGCGACGACACGGACAUCACCCACAAGCUGCGCGAGCACAAGGUGCACGCCAUUCUGUUCCUCAACAUACCCAGCUACGGCGGUGGCACUCACCCGUGGGCCGGACGGGACCAGUCGACCUCCGAUGGCCUGAUGGAGGUCAUCGGUCUCACCACCUACCAGCUGCCUCUGCUACACGCAGGAGGCCACGGCACCAGCCUGGGUCAGUGUCGGAAGGCGGUCAUCACCACGGCGCGCACCAUUCCAAUGCAGGUGGACGGCGAGGCGUGCCGGGUCAACCCGUCCAUCAUCACCGUCAGCCACCUGAACCGGGCGCGCAUGAUCUGCAAGCGGCGCGGAGAGAAGACCGUACUGACGGACACCCCUCAGGAGCAGCUGAGGAUACGCAUCAACCGGAUCACCAUGUCCGACUACGAGCAGUACCACUACGACAAGGAGACCCUGAUGCAGCACUCGAUGCCUCUGGGUGUGAUUCUGGUGGACCACGACUCUGACCUGGAGCAGGUGCGGCGGCACAUCAACCGGAUGCAGGAGGAGAACCAGCACACGACACCGCUCAGCCCCGAGUGGUGUUUCGUCGACUCCUGCACGGCGGAGCGUUUCUUCCGGAUCGAUCGCGCUCAGGAGCACCUGCACUUUGUAACCGACAUUAGCUCUGAGGACGUGUACGUCCUCGACCCGAUGGCGGUCACCUCGCAGGUCUCGGCCACGGCCAACAACAAGGACGAGUCUGGGCAGUCGGACCUGGACGCCGGUCCGGCAGAGGGCAGGUCGAGCGCCCGGGCCGGUAGCUCCGCCAGCCGGCGCCACAGCACCCCGUCCGUGGGCAGCUGCGCCUCCAUAGCCACCCAGUCGAGCCGGCUGGGCCGCCGCAGCUGCACCAGCCUCGUCUCCGGACACGUCGACAUCAGCUCGCUCAAGGAGCGCCUGUUUGGCGCCGGGGCCAGUCCCACCAGCCACCUGCUGGAGCGGUCGUCGGAGGAGAUUCUGCACGCCGCGCAGAGCGGUGACCUGCCCAGAGUGAAGGAGCUGCACACCUCUGGCGUAUCGCUGUUCUCCGUCAGCGCCAUGGGUCAGACGGCCCUGCACCUGGCCUGCUCGGCCGGUCACAAGGAUGUGGUCCGCUACCUGCUGGCCAAUGCGCCCGCAUCGGCCGUCAACAUGCGCGACAACGACAAGGGCCACACGGCGCUGCACUGCGCCGCUCUGCACGGCCGGCGGACCAUCUGCUCGAUGCUGGUGGCCUCCGGAGCGCUGCUCACACUGGCAGACAGUGACGGCAACACGGCCCGCCAGCUGGCCCUUCAGGCCGACGACAAGGAUCUCGCAGACUACCUGGAAAGUCAGGAGCAUUUUCAGCUGGUCGUGUCGGACGACCACGAGACGGCUGUGUGACGUCACCCGGCGGCUGCUGACGUCAGCGGCGGCCGUGUGACGUCAGACGGCGGCACGAGUGUGACGUCAGACGGCCGAUCGGCUCUGUAGCUGUGCAAUACGGAGUCAGAGGGGGCCGAGGGAGGCCGGUGUGUGUGUGCGAGGGGUGCCGGACGGGUGCCCGUCACUGUACAGUCUGUACUCACCAACAAGGAAAUUUGUAUUUUUAGAGGGAGAACGUGCCGCCGCUUCCUACUUUUUACAUGUUUUCCUGGUCUGUUGUUGGCACGUUCCGGUAUAUAUUCGUUGGAAGAUGGUCGUGGGGGUGACAUUCAGUAAACCCUGCCUUUCAGAAAAUGCCUUCAUCUUUGUACCCGUAUGUGUGCCCCCCUUGAUCGAACUUUACGCAGUCACCCCCUCCCCCGUUAGACGCGCGGCCUGAGCGCGAUGUCACGUGAUAGCCUGUGCGCACCCCCCCCCCCUCCCCAGAGUGACCGGUGGGUUGGUGCUCUGAGUAUAUAGGGGGACCUGCCGUUAGGGCAGGCCGACCCCACCGCAGUCCAGUCAGGGCGGUGCGGUGGCGACCUCUGGCCUCUGGGCAGUUGCGCGAGCUCUAGAUUCGUGUGAGAUGUGAGAGAUUACUGAGUGCUCGCAGAAUGGCUUCAAUACUCGAGUCUAUCAUUGUAUAUUCCAGUGAUCUGCUUGUGUCGUGUUGAGCGUGUGAUGGUCUCAUUAUUCAAUCGGCUGAUACCGGAGGCGUGAGUAGUUACAUCGUUCGUUGAAUAUUCGCAUUAGCUCUCGCUCUGUCCCAGUGCACCGUUCCCAGUGGACAGCGGGUCACAGCGGCGGCGGCCGACUCUGCGCGGCGCGCGCCCCCCUCCCUGCCCGCCAGCGCUCCCCGAUUUCAGAUGCAAUACCGACCACUGAGGUCCCCGCACCGUUCACUCGUAGCUGGCGAGAAGGUAAUUUCUCGCCGUUGGUGUUGCGUGUCGUGGCCCUCCCAGUCUGGGGAGACGUUUGGUUUCAGCUUUAAACAGUAGUGAGUGGGCGCCGCCAGGAGCUAGUCUCCUGCGGCGGCGUGCGUGAGAGCGAGAGAGCGGGGCAGAGGUGCCGGCACGGGUCAGCGGCGCCCGGCGCCGGCCCCAGAACACACACCCAGUCUGUCUGCGAACGGUGACAAUUGUAUAAACAUUUAUGAUCGUGCCCAUUGAACGUGAGCCCCAUUCCGUGGAUGUAGUCGGUAACUUAUCACACAGGCCAAUCAGCGCCCCGGUAUACCGAUAUAUUGCCCGCUCCCGGCGAGAGAACAAUAAACCUAUCGUUAUUUU